ACCGCCGUCUGCGCCACAGCCUUCGCGGACAGUCGUCGCGGUUUCCUGCUUCAACAGUGCUUGGACGGAACCCGGCGCUCGUCCCACCCCGCUGCCCCCCGCCGGCCGCUCGCAGCCUGUCCUGCACCACCGCCACCGCCUCGUUCCCAUCUCAGCCGCCGCCAUGACCACCGCGUCCCCCUCGCAGGUUCGCCAGAACUACCACCAGGACUCGGAGGCCGCCAUCAACCGCCAGAUCAACCUGGAGCUCUACGCCUCCUACGUCUACCUGUCCAUGUCUUAUUAUUUUGACCGCGACGAUGUGGCUUUGAAGAACUUUGCCAAAUACUUCCUCCACCAAUCUCAUGAGGAGCGAGAACACGCGGAGAAGCUGAUGAAGCUGCAGAACCAGCGCGGCGGCCGGAUUUUCCUUCAGGAUAUCAAGAAGCCAGAUCGGGACGACUGGGAGAACGGACUGAACGCCAUGGAGUGUGCGUUGCACUUGGAGAAGAGCGUGAACCAGUCCCUGCUGGAGCUGCACAAACUGGCCACUGACAAGAACGACCCCCACCUGUGUGACUUCCUGGAGACUCACUACCUGGACGAGCAGGUGAAGGCCAUCAAGGAGCUGGGUGACCACGUCACCAACCUGCGCAAGAUGGGGGCCCCCGAGUCCGGCAUGGCGGAGUAUCUCUUCGACAAGCACACACUGGGUCACAGUGACAACGAGAGCUAAGCCUUAACUAAGCUGGCUUCCCCGAGCUACCGGUGACCUCCGGGCCACCCGGGCAGUACGUGCAUGUUGGGGUUACCCUGAUGACCUUUUCUAUAAGUUCCAAAACGUCUAUUUCCGUCUUAUGAUUUGUAUCAGUCCUUCAAAUAAAGUAAUUUGGUACCCACGUGUGGUCUGGGACUCUGUGACAUUGCAAUACUUAGGUAGGAAUGGAGUCGUAUUAAGUAUCUUGUUUUGGGAAAUAGCCCAAGGUUUGGGUCUGUUGAAUUCAGACAGAACUGAGGCCUCCUGAUUCCAAAUCAGGUGUUUGAAACUGUUUCCAAUGAUGACGUUUGCAGAUUGCACAUACAGAAGGUAUUUGAAGGUUUACGUAAUCCUAACAUUGGUUUUAGGUCCUAAGUGUGGACCAGCUGGGUGGCUACCUAUGGCCAUGUCUGUUUUCUGGGUACAUGCACGCGGAUCAGGCUGGUGAAGCAGCUCCCUUGAGAAACAGGAGAGCAGUGUGUGCUCACUGUUUGGAAUCUGAGAAAUCAAUGUCUGUUUGAAUAUGAAUUCCAGAGACUGGACAGACUGCAGCCCUUUUAAAUACACCAUUACGAAGCUCU